GCUCAGCCCGGGAGGAAAACCUGGAUGAAGCUGGGCUGAGCUGCCCCCCAGCACAGGCGCCGCUAAUUGAGGAUAGCCCUGCCUGCACUGCCUGGACCUGGCUCUGAGAGCACUGAGCAUGGGAAGAUCCCAAGUUUUUCCCUCCAACCACUGCGUGCUGCUGCUGCUGCUGGCCGAGCUGAGCUGUGCCCAGUACGAGCACUGGCCAUACCUGCCCGGCUACCCCGAGCCACCCCCCGAGGUGUUCCAGCCCCCCCAGAGAGCCCCCGACGUCCCCAAAAUCCAGCUGAGGCUGGCGGGGCAGAAGAGGAAGCACAACGAGGGCAGGGUGGAGGUGUUCUACAGCGGGGAGUGGGGCACCGUGUGCGACGACGACUUCUCCAUCCACGCCGCCCACGUGGUGUGCCGGGAGCUGGGCUACGUGGAGGCCGUGUCCUGGCUGCCCAGCUCCAAGUACGGGAAAGGAGAAGGGAAAAUCUGGCUGGACAACGUGCACUGCACGGGCAAGGAGAGCAGCCUGGCCGCCUGUGGCUCCAAUGGCUGGGGCGUGAGCGACUGCAAACACACCGAGGACGUGGGCGUGGUGUGCAGCGAGAAGAGGAUCCCUGGCUUCAAGUUUGACAACUCCCUGAUUAAUCAAAUUGAGAACAUGAACAUCCAGGUGGAGGACAUUCGGAUCCGUGCCAUCCUGGCCACCUACCGCAAGCGGGUCCCUGUCACCGAGGGCUACGUGGAGGUGAAGGACGAGGGCACCUGGAAGCAGAUCUGCGACAAGCACUGGACCAUGAAGAACUCCCGGGUGGUCUGCGGGAUGUUCGGCUUCCCGAGCGAGAGGAAAUACAACACCAACGUCUACAAGAUGUUUGCCAGCAGAAGGAAGCAGCACUACUGGGCUUACUCCAUGGACUGCAGCGGGAACGAGGCUCACAUUUCCAGCUGCAAACUGGGAAACCACCUGACGGGCACUGGGAAGAACAGCAGCUGUGACAACGGGAUGCCCGCGGUCGUCAGCUGCGUGCCCGGCCGUGCCUUCGCCCCCAGCAGCCACAGCGGCUUCCGGAAGGCCUUCAGGCAGGAGCAACCCCUGGUGAGGCUGAAAGGAGGAGCCAACACGGGGGAAGGCCGCGUGGAGGUGCUCAAGAACGGGGAGUGGGGCACGGUGUGCGACGACAACUGGAACCUGGUGUCGGCCAGCGUGGUGUGCCGGGAGCUGGGCUUUGGCAGCGCCAAGGAGGCCAUCACGGGAGCCAGGCUGGGCCAAGGAAUGGGUCCCAUCCACCUGAACGAGAUCGACUGCACGGGCUUUGAGAAGUCGGUCACGGACUGCAAGUUCAACACCGAGUCCCAGGGCUGCAACCACGAGGAAGAUGCUGCUGUGAGGUGCAACGUGCCAGCCAUGGGCUUCCAGAACCAGCUUCGCCUGAGCGGGGGCCGCAACCCCUACGAGGGCCGUGUGGAGGUGCUGGCCGAGCGCAACGGCACCCUGAGGUGGGGCACGGUCUGCAGCCACAACUGGGGCACCGUGGAGGCCAUGGUGGUGUGCCGGCAGCUGGGGCUGGGCUUUGCCAGCCACGCCUUCCAGGAAACGUGGUACUGGCACGGGGACGUCAGCGCCGACGACGUGGUCAUGAGCGGGGUCAAGUGCUCGGGGACAGAGAUGUCCCUGUCCCACUGCCGGCACGACGGGCCCCACGUGUCCUGCCCCAGGGGAGGGGGACGCUUCGGGGCCGGCGUGUCCUGCUCGGAGACCGCCCCUGACCUGGUGCUGAACGCGGAGCUGGUGGAGCAGACGGCCUACCUGGAGGACAGGCCCAUGUUCCUGCUGCAGUGUGCCCUGGAGGAGAACUGCCUGGCCAGCUCAGCCCACAACACCUCGCUGACCUCGGGCUACCGGCGCCUGCUGCGCUUCUCCUCCCAGAUCCACAACAACGGCCAGUCCGACUUCCGGCCCAAGAACGGCCGCCACGCCUGGGUGUGGCACGACUGCCACCGGCACUACCACAGCAUGGAGGUGUUCACCCACUACGACCUCCUGAACCUCAAUGGCACCAAGGUGGCCGAGGGACACAAGGCCAGCUUCUGCCUGGAGGACACAGAGUGCGAAGCAGACGUGCAGAAGCAGUACGAGUGUGCCAACUUCGGGGAGCAGGGGAUCACAGUUGGCUGCUGGGACGUUUAUCGGCACGACAUCGACUGCCAGUGGAUCGACAUCACCGACGUCCCCCCUGGGGAUUACCUCUUCCAGGUCGUGAUCAACCCCAACUACGAGGUGGCAGAGUCGGAUUAUUCCAACAACGUCAUGAAAUGCCGGAGCCGCUACGACGGGCAGCGCAUCUGGAUGUACAACUGCCACAUAGGCGGUUCCUUCAGCGAGGAGACGGAGCAGAAGUUCGACCACUUCAGGGGACUCACAAAUAACAACGUGUCCGCCCGGUAGAAUUCCCACUAAUUUAAGGCAGCCAGGACUCCUGCUCCGGCCCUUCCCGAACCACUGCACCCCAGGAAAUGGAGCCUCCACCAAACUCUGAAUUUCAGGUGAAUCAUUCCUGAAGAAGCCUCUCCCUCCCCACUUUAGGUGCUCAGGCCACCCCUCGGUGCCUCCUGCAAUUCCAGCCCCGCUCCUGGCGGGAGCUUCCAGCUCUCCUCAGCUCCAGCUCUUCACCAUUCCAAAGAUUUCUCCCACAUUUUGCAGCACUCCUCGCCUCAGGUUGGGUGCCAGCCACCCAAAAGUGCCUUCAUCCUUCAUUUCCAAGGCAUUAUUUGGGAAUUCUCAGCUCUUUUCCACUCCCGAUGCCUGUUUGUGCUGCUGCUUCCUGCACUCCUCCUCAGCACUGACUCAGUUUAGCAAGGAAAUAGAAGGAAAAUUAAAAAAAAAAAAAAAAUGGAAAAAAGGAGCAGCUUUUUGUGAGCAGAACAAUGUAAAGCUGAAUUUAAUACUGCAGUGAAACGCUUGGAUCCAACGCUCCGGAGGGGAGCAAACGCAGAACGUGGAAUUUCACAGGGAAUUUCACCUGGAAUUUCACAGGGAAUCUCACAGGGAAUUUCACAGGGAAUCAAAGCUCCCUGAAGCAACCCCUCAGCACCCAGAACUCUGCAGAUUCCCAGGGAUGAGGCCUCUGGGCUGGGAAUUCCCAUCCCACAGGAAUCCUGGUGCUGUGCCCAUCCAAGGAUCACCUCCUGACUGGAUAUUCCAUCUUUUUUUUUCAAGGAUGAAUGAUCCUUGUGCACCUUGCAGAGGGAAUUUCUGCCUCUCAUCCCCAGGGAUCUGCUCCUGUGGGAAUUCCCAGUGCUCCUCUGUUUGUUUGAGGACACAUUUUGCUACAGAGCUCCAAUAAAAACCUUUUCCCUGGAAGAAGAAAAAUCACUUUAGAAGGCCUUGGUGUAUUUGUCCUCACAAUUCCUGGAAGUUUGGGGGUUUUCCCCCUCUUCUACAAUCAAAGUUACCUGGAAUUCCAGCUGAUUCCACAGGGAAUUCCAACUGCCACCUCACAGGGAUGUUGUGAGGCUUAAAAAUGCAGAAAUAUUUUGGGUAUUUGUCAUUUCUCCAGCUGGCAAAGGGUUUUAACCUCCUGGCAAUUGGAAAAUUCCAGUUUUUCCUCAGAAUUCCAGACUGGAGCAUGAGCAGAGCCUGGAAUGAGGGUGAAAGCUCAUUUUAAACCCAGCUCUGGGCACAUCAGCACAGGCAAAUUCUGGAGUUUUUGAUCUCAACUUUCCUCACCAUCAGGGAAGUUCAGGCUCUUGAAACUCUGCAAAUAAGGAAAGAAUUCCCUAAAAUCUGAAUUCACUGCCUGCCAGUUUUCUGGGAUAUCUGAACAGCAACAUUACAACAAAUGUGGAACAGAUUUUUGAACUCCUGCCCUUGUUUAGAGUUGAAUUUUGGCCCAAAAAAUUCCAAUUUUCUUCCUCUUAAUGCCUCCUUUUUGUUGGAAAGCAGAGCAGGAAGAAGGAAUAAAGAAACCACCUCAUUCCUGCAGGUGCCCCAGAUGCUUUAAAACACCCAACAAAGAAUUCCAGCAACUUCCCAGGGCUCCAAAAAAACCCGAACAAGAAAUUCCCAACUUCCCCAAGCUGAUCCAUAAAGGAACACCCCCGUGGCACUGCCUGCUCUGCAUGCAUUUAAUAGCACAGCCAUGCUCAUCUUUACAGCCUUUUUGGGGUUUUUUUUGGGAUUAUUCCUCCUGAUCCAAGGAUUCUGGCUGGAAAACUUCAGUCCCUGUGGCCUCCUGCUGCCUGUGCCUCCAGCCCAGGGCGUGGGACACGAGUCUCCUGGCCACUGCCGUGUCCGUCUGCGGCCUCUCCUUUCCCAGCUGAAGCAGCUCUAGGGAAAAAUGGGAAAAAAUUUACCCAGCUGGGGCUUGGUCAGGGAGAAAUUCCUGGUUAAAUCCCAAAAAUCAGCUUUUUUUUUUUCCUGCUGUUUUAUUGGUUUAUCGACAGCAAAUCUUUUCUGUCGCGGUGAAUAAAUUGGGUUUUUUUUUCAGGAUGAUGGAAUUCCACGGUUUCCAGUGGGAUUGUUUGGUCACCAUAAAGGUUCAGGGCUCUUCUGCUGUGUGGAAAAUUGUUCCCCGUCCUCUUCCAGGAAUUAUUCCUGGCCAAAUUCCCAACAUCCCAUCCCUGUGAACUGGCAAAAUUCCCAACGUCCCAUCCCUUUCCAUGCCUGGAAAAACCCCCCAGGCAAUUUAUCCAUUUAUCCAACUGAAACUCCUCAAAACCAGCUGCCAAAAUCCUUGGAAAACAGCAAGGAAAACAAAAUUUUAAAAAAAUCUGCAUUUUAAAUUAUAUCUAAAUAUUUCAGAUUAUUUGGGAAGCCCCUUGGUCAGUGGCCUCCAUUUUUUUUUGGAUUGCUGCAAUUCCAUCUGCAAGGAAAUCCACCAAAAUUUCACCAAGUCCACAAUAAUUUGGAUUUGGGGAUUAAUUAAUCAAUCCUUUAUCAAUUUGAAGUUGUUAUCUACACAGCAAGGGGGGGCUUUGUUUGUUUUUCCACAAGUUUCAUUCAUUCCAGAAAAAAAAAAAAAUCAUUAAAAAAAAAUUUAAAAAGAGACACUGUCAGCAAAUUCAAAUCCAAAUUUGUGUUUGGAAAAUAAUCAAUUGAAACUGGAUACCGAUGGAAUUUGUGUUUAAUUGUUCUAUUUAAUUAUUAAUUAAUUAAUUAAUUAAUUAAUAAUAAAUUAAAAAUAAUUCUAUUUUCAUUUAACCUGAUUUAGAAGAGUGAAUAAAUGAAAAAACAGAUGAAGGGGAGAUGCAGACAAAGCAAAUUUUUGGAUGUUUCCUUUAAAUCCAGCAGUGCUGAAUCUCAGGAAUUUGUCACUGUGACAGUGUCCCUUUAGAGCAUUAAAAUUGGAAUUUAUUCUGACUGCAGUGAGCUGGAAAAUCCCAGGAAUUGUUGGUUCAGAGUCUCUGCUGCUGCUGAGGUUCAUGGCUUUGCUUUCCUGUGGCAACUGGACCUGAUCAAUCUGAUUGAAAGGCAAUGAAAUCAAUCAAUCAAUCAAUCAGUCAAUAAUCAAUCAAUGGUAAUCAAUCAACUGAUGUUCAUGGCUCAGCUUCACCAUUUCUCCUUCCUGAAUAAAAUUAUGCCAACCACAA